GCAAUCAAAGUUACUAAGAGGUCAGAAAAAUCGGUCAGGAAAGUAAAAAAAAAUCGCAAGUUAUGGCGCCAACACAGCAUUUUAGACAAAAAAGUCGAGCUACUCCAGAAGCAGAAAGCCAAAGAAAAGCAAACAAGCGUAAGAAAUCUCUAAAAGAAAAAAUACGAGGCGUUCAAAGACUCCUUCGCCAGAAAAACCUACCAGCCACAGUGCGUGUUGCACAGGAACGAAUGCUCACCAUGUUACAGGAAAACUUCAAAGAAAGUGCGAAGAAACAACAAGAAAUGAAAAUGGCAAAAAAGUACAAAAUGGUGAAGUUCUUUGAGAAAAGGAAACUAUCAAGAAUGUACAAGUCAUGUCUGAAUGAGCUUACAGUAUGCACAGAUGAACAAAGGGAGGAAUUAAAUAGUAACUUACAACUUCUCAAGCACCAGUGGAACUAUAUUACACACUUUCCAAAGGAUGAGAAAUACAUAUCACUAUUUCCACCAACCCCAUGCAACAAUGCAGAGACUCGACAACACAAAGAUGAUAUUUUUAAAAUGAUCAAAGAGAAGGUUGAUAAUGGAGAACUAACAGAUACGAGUGACAUGAUUCUUCAGUCUCCAAAGGAAAAGAAAAGCAAGCAAAGCAAAUUAUCAGUUAUAAAACAAGCAAUUAAAUCAUCAAGCCAACAAGACAAUACAGAGCAAGGUGAAGAUGCCUUCAAAACAUCUUUGGUUGAUGAUUUCUUUAUUGAUACAAAUCCCAGUGAAGAAGUCAAUGAGGAAUGCAGUAAUAUAUGUGGCACAGCUGCAGUAACAAACAAAUCAAAAUAUUCAGCUAUGGGUCUUUCAGAUGACAAGUCUGCAUCACACCACAAGGUCAAAAGACUGAAGAGUGAAAAAGAUAUUGCAGCCAAUAAAAAGAAAAAGAAAAUUAAGAAAAAGGGCACUGAUGAAAGUGAAUGAAUAAAAUGAACAAAGACUUUAAAGUCAAAUUGAAUUUAUAAAUAAGUAAGAUAUAUUAAUUUUGCACUUUCACUAGGCCUUGGCAUUUAAAAGAUAUGUAAGUGUUCACUUGCUGCAGCAGUGCUUAAGUUGCAUGUACAUAAUUAUGAUAACUUUAUAAAAGGUUUUGUAUAAAAAAUUAUUGAAAAGAUGUCAUAUUACAUCCUUUAUUAAGUGAUUCUCACUUCCAUUAUUUCAAGAGUAAAUGAACAAGUGCAGGACUAGCUGUCAAAGUAAGGACCAAUAGGACUAUUAUGGCAUCAUUAACUACAACUACCAGAAUCCUUUGCACACUCUCUAACAGCUGAGCAGUGAUAGAUUGACUGGUCAAUAGGACGCUUGCAUUUACUUCCAGAAUCCCUUGAACACUUUCUUUUGUUCAGUUAAUUAACAUCAAUUGUCUGUCUUACUAUUUUCAUGAGGGAAUACAAAUUUGAAUAUUAGAAGGGAAAGUUUGCCAAGCAUUUUGGUAGUGGUAGUAAAUUGAUUGGCCAUUAGCAGUCAGCCAUGAAUGCAGCUUAGAUAUGUGAUAUGGUUCUUGAAAAAGUAGGCAACAAAGUAACUUUUCCUAGGGAACUUGUCAAAAAGCAAAGGGGAGAGUAAACUAGAAAAUGCUGGAGCUGGGUCACUUUGUUUGAGCCCCAAAUAAGGGGUGGGUGAUGAGAUGAAAGGUCUUCAUUAAAGUUGGCUUGUCAUUUUUUUGAAAAAUUAUAUAGUGCACUUAAAACAAUGGAUGGGUCAAGCGUUUUUUUGCUUUUUCAUGGACGCCCCCCUACUUUCUGACCAGUCCCUAACCAUUUAAGUAGAUGUUAAUAUAUAACUGGAAAACUAGAAAAAAAUCCUUAUGAGUUUUAUAUUUCUCUAUUUAUUAGUAUGUUGAAAUAAAAGGGAGAUUUAUUCUCAUCAUACACCUGU